AUGCUGUGGGAGGACUUCAAUCAUUCAGGAUCCCUGUCUACACACCAAUGCAUACACACAGGAGAGAAGCCUUAUAGCUGUGAUCAGUGUGGGAGACUUCAGUCGAUCAGAGACCUGACUACACACCAACGCAUACACACAGGAGAGAAGCCUUAUAGCUGUGAUCAGUGUGGGAAGAGCUUCAAUCGAUCAGGAGACCUGACUCCACCACCGCUACACACAGGAGAGAAGCCUUAUAGUUGUGAUCAGUGUGGGAAGAGCUUCAAUCGAUCAGGAGCCCUGACUACACACCUACGCAUACACACAGGAGAGAAGCCUUAUAGCUGUGAUCUGUGUGGGAAGAGCUUCAAUCAAUCAGGAGACCUGACUACACACCAACGCAUACACACAGGAGAGACUUAUAGCUGUGAUCAGUGUGGGAAGAGUUUCAAUAUUCAGGAUCUUGACUAACACCAACGCAUACACACAGGAGAGAGACCUUAUAGCUGUGAUCAGUGUGGGAAGAGUUUCAAUCAUUGGAUCCUGACUAAACACCAACGCAUACACACAGGAGAGAAGCCUUAUAGCUGUGAUCAUUGUGGGAAGAGCUUUGCUCUAUCUGGUAACCUGACUACACACCAGCGCAUACACACAGGAGAGAAGCCAUAUAGCUGUGAUCAGUGUGGGAAGAGUUUCAGGAAGAUAGAAUACUUGACUAUACACCAGCGCAUACACACAGGAGAGAAACCUUAUAGCUGUGAUCAGUGUGGGAAGAGUUUUUCUCAAAAUUCCACCCUGACUACACACCAGGUCACACACACUGGAGAGAAGCCUUACUCCUGUCUAUGUGGAAAGAGAUUUGCUCAUUCAGGGUCACUGAAACAACACCAGAAAACACAAACAUGUCAACUUUCAUCUCCGGCACCGGUUCCAGAUCCCUAAAUAAAGGUUCAAUAGAAACAUAUUGUAAAGAGUCAUCCAUCUKCCAUUCUCUAARAGUUUACUAKGUCUGAUUACCAUGGUAACCUGUGUAGAUAAUAUGCAGCUCUGGAUUCACAUGUAUCCAGUGUCUUGGAGUAGGAGUGCUGUGUGUGUGGUGGGGUGGAGGUGUUCAGAGCUGUAUCUUAUUUCAUUAACUCCUGUUAUCCAUUAAAUAAUGUAGAAUCAUGUUUCAACAAUACAAGGUGUGUAUUCAUGUAUUCAAUAGACCAAUAAAUUGAAUCCAUUAUCUGCUCAACAACGUCUGCUUAUCACAUUAAUUAUAUGUUUUUAAAAUCUAUAAUUUUUUACAAGGAUCACAGACCUUUUGUAUAAGUUGUUUGGUCAUAAAAGAUGUUCACAUAUUUAUUGUAAAACUCUUCACCAGGUUUUAGUGUAGCUGAUGGGACAUACGGACGUACAGAAGACUUAGGACUAUUAUUGUAGUCAAAUGAUGUUGUUGUAUUUAUUUUAAAGGAUUUUAAUAGUGAUAUCUUUCAACUUUCCUUAUUGUAUAUUA